GCGGUGGCUGGCGUCGAACGAGGGGCUGCCGCCCGCCGGUGGUGGCCGGUUUCAGGAAAGAGGGAACAGUGCCCUCCAGACGGCACACGCGCUUCCAGUUCAAACUGGAGAAGAAAGGAAAUGACAUCCAGCAGAAGACCCUGGACGCCAGGACGUAUAUUGGAAGAGGUACGGGAAGAAAUGGAUGCUAGAAGAAAACACUGGAAGGAGCAUAUGUUUACUCCUUUUUUUAGUGCACAGGAUGUUCUAGAACUGGCUUCUCAGCCUGAAUCUUCUGAACAAACACAAACAACUACAGAGGUGACCAAGAGAACAGAAGGAAUGUACAAUAUGUCUGGUAGAAACUUUCAAGAAGAAAAGGCAUUUAAGAAGAAGGAAUAUAUUUCCCAACGAAAUGAAAAAGAACAAGAACCAAAUUUAAGAGAGAGAAAGAUGAACAUUUCAAAGACUCAAGUGGACACAACAAAUUCUGUCUCCUGUGAAUCUUCUGUUGUGGAUAUUGCAACAGAAGAAAGCUUUAACAGCACAGAAGAUCCCUCUACUUGGAGUACAAAGAAAUCACCAACUCCACCACCACCAGACAAGAGGAAGAAAUUUACUGAAGGAAUGUCUCCAAAACUUCGCCUGAAUAUUUUGAAUGAAGAACUAGAAGAACUGAAUAUGAAAUGCAGAAAGAUAGAAGAAGAAUUUGAAAGUGCUGAGAAGGAACUUUUGAACUCCAAAAAAGAAGUACCCACAAAACCCCUAAAUUUCCAAGAAACAGGGAUGGAGACUUCAAAGAGUGACUGGAAACUACAAGCUUUAAAAAAUGACCUAUCUGAAAAAGCAAGAAAUGUAAAAACCUUAACUGACGAGCUCCAGCAGGCCAAAGAAGUCAUCCACAAGUUGAAUCUAGAAAACAAAGAAUUAAAAGAAGCGAUUAAGAAGUUAAAACAUCAAACGGAGGUGGGAAAUACACUCCUAAAAGAAGAAAUGAAAUUGUAUUAUGAAGUAGAAAUAAAGAAGAUCCGCGGAGAGCUCGAUGCCAUCAAGAAUGAACUAAGAGCUGAGAAGUCCCUACAAGCAAGAAAUAGCAGAGCCCUGGAAUUACUUAGGAAACACUUCGCUUCAGUGGUAACGUCAUCAAGUACCUUUGACCCCUUUACUGGGGAUUGUUUUUAA